UUGGGGGAGGAGCGGAGGUUGCAUCUGAGCUUCUGUGUCCCCCUCCCCCAGGGUCCCUGCAGCAGCAGCAUCCAGGCUAUGAGCUCCAAGUGCAGGAAUCAGUGACGGUGCAGGAGGGUCUGUGUGUCCACGUGCCCUGCUCCUUCUCCUACCCGUGGAGUCUGUGGAAUUCCUCUAGCGAACUCUAUACCUACUGGUACCGGGUCGGGGAAAACAUGGGCUAUGCUGCUCCUGUGGCCUCGAACAACCGGAAUAAAACCGUGAAGACAGAGACCCGAGGCCGCUUCCUCCUCGCGGACCCCACGGCCAACAACUGUUCCCUGGACAUCAGAGACGCCAGGAGGAGUGACUCAGGACGCUACUUCCUCCGAGUGGAGAUAGGAUAUUUCCAAGGAUAUAAGUUCCAAGGAUAUACUGACCCAGACAAGAAGCUGCAUUUGCAGGUCACAGGUAAGGCAGGGGCCCCGGAGAGGACCCAGGGACAUGGGACCCGUCUUAGAGCAGGAACAGGACACUGGACACUCCCUGUCCAGGCCGUGGGCCCUGGGUGGUGGGAAGGGACACAGGGCCUGGGGAGCUCAGCCCGAGGCAGGGCCUCUCUCAGGGUCCCCCCUGAGCCCCUCCAGCCCUCAGCACCAGGGCUGCUGGAGCUGCCCCGUGGGGCUGGAGGUGGAGGGGAGUCCUCCUGCCGGACUCAGCACCCGCUGGGCUCCCAGCGCAUCUCCUUCAGCCUCUCUGUGCAGAGCUGCCUUCCCUGCAGAUGUGUGACCGAGGAGCAGCAGGGCUCCUGGCCCCUGGUCUUCACCCUGAUCAGAGGGGCCCUCAUGGGGGCUGGCUUCCUCCUCACCUACGUCCUCACCUGGCUCUACUACACCAGGUGUGGAGGCCCCCGGAGCAGGAGGCAGAGCUCCUGAUGGAUCCUCCUUCCUCUCAGGAUGGGACUGAGGUGUGGACACCAGGCGAGAGGGACCGUCCUGGGGCGUCAAUGUCACCUUCUCCCUGGAAGAUCUUUUUAAAAAUUUUUAUUAAAUCUUUAUUGUUCAGAUUAU